CUCCAACAUUUCCGCAGAUCUCUCAACAUAUAUAAAGAGAGAAAAGUAGGAUAAUUUUAUUUAAAAAAAAAAGAAAAAAAAGAAGAAGAUUAAUCUGAAGAUUGAACCCUGACCCUUGGUUCACCGUUCUCUCUCCUCUGUCUCUCUGUUCACCGACUGCUUUUCCGACUGUUAUCGCACCAUUGUUGUGUCUAUUUAAUAUCUUGGUUUUUUUAUUUUGAUCCUCCUCAAGAAAUACGUUCGUCUGCUUCUCUCUACACAAUCUUCGACCUACAUUUCCUUGUACCUCUAGAACAAACAGGUACCCCCUGUCUCUCCUUCAUUAUUAUUCCCUCUCAAAUCCAAUGGAUAUAUUUGAAACCUGUCUUGAUCCUCAACGAAUCGGACCACCAAAGACCCAAAUUUCGAGCAACAACAACACUAUUGAUGAAGAUAUUUUCAGUUCUUCUAUAAACUUGGAAGAAUGCCACAUUAAAGAAGGUUACAAAGAUGGCUAUAAAGAUGGGCUUGUCUUGGGCAAGCAAGAGGGCUCUGAAGUGGGUUUAAAACACGGGUUUGAGUCUGGUGAAGAGCUUGGGUUUUACCGCGGUCUCAUUGAUGUUUGGAUCUCAGUGGUUCGAAUUGAACCCAGUUUCUUCUCUGCACGGAUCCAAAAGAGUAUACAUCAAAUUCAAGAGUUGCUUAAGAAGUAUCCAUAUAUGGAUCAUGAAGAUGAGAGCAAAGAUGACAUUUUGAAAGAGCUUAGGUUGAAGUUUAAGGCUAUUUGUGCUACUUUAGGAGUUAAAUUGGAAUACAAGGGGUACCCUAAAAUAAUGCUAAAAAUGACGCUUGCUUGUUGCAAGUUAUACAUAUCAGAAAGCCGCAACAAAGCUGCCCUUGAGUCUAUCGAAAGAGCUGCCAAGCUUUUCCAUGAAGCUAGACUUAUCAAUAAGUUUGAAGAUGAAACUUAUAAUAGAGUUGGUUAUACUCUUGUCUCUAAGCUACCUCCCAAGUUGCCUUCAGGUUUUUCCCCUCUAAAAGAUGCUCCAUUUGCAAUGGUUGAAUCUGCUUACAAAGCAAUUGACUUUAAUGUGCAUAGUGGAAGCCAUCCUCGUCUUGGAGUUGUUGAUCACAUAUGCCUUCACCCAUUGGCCAAUGCUACUUUGGAGCAAACAGCCAAUAUUGCAAGGUCCUUGGCCAGAGAUAUUGGCACCAAGCUUGAAGUUCCUAUCUUUCUAUAUGGAGCAGCACAUGAGAAAGGACGGACUCUUGAUUCAAUAAGAAGAGAGCUUGGCUACUUUAUGCCCAACACUCGAGGAAAUAUAUGGGCUGGGGGUCCGAAUUCAGAGAAUUUACCAAUUUGCCCCGAUGAAGGGCCAAGUCAAGUUGAUCCGUCUAAGGGCGUUAUAGUAAUAGGGAGUACAAGAUGGGUGGACAACUACAACGUCCCAAUCUUCUCAACUAAUAUUUCAGCUGUACGUAGAAUUGCUAAAGUCAUUGGUGAAAGAGGAGGUGGGCUUCCAUCAGUGCAAGCUAUGGCGCUUGCUCAUGGUGACGGGACCAUUGAGGUCGCUUGCAAUUUGCUGGAUCCGAGCAAGGUUGGAGGAGAUAAAGUUCAGGUUGAAGUUGAGCGCCUUGCACGGGAAGAAGGUAUGGUUGCUGGAAAGGGUUACUUCACUGAUUUAACACAAGAAGAAAUUAUUGAGACAUUUUUGGAUAAUGAAGAUUCAUCUGUUGACCAUUACUCUAAUGACUUGUGAGUAUAACAACCCCUACUAUUCGAUUGAAAUCAUAGAUUAGAGACAUAUUUGGUGUUGCUACUUAUGUUCUUUUGUUGUAUUAUACUCUUGAGAGAAACACCAUGCAAUUAUAAGCAACAUGUUGUAGCUAAUAGCUGUUGUUA